UUUUCAUUCAAACUUCAAACUCUUUCAACUUUCUCUCUCGUCAAUUAUAUUCAUAGGUGCAAAUCAAUUGGCCUGGUUUCAGUUGAACACCAAGCUGCUCUACCUUUAUUCCUUGAGAAGUGAAAGAAACGCGAGGGACCAUGCAUGAGGUGAGUCACCAAAGGGUCAAAACAAAUGGGAUAUGGCUGCAUAUAGCAGAGCAAGGGACAGGACCACUUGUUCUAUUGCUUCAUGGCUUCCCUGAAAUAUGGUAUUCAUGGCGCCAUCAGAUCAGUUUCUUGGCUAACCAUGGCUAUCAUGUAGUUGCUCCUGAUUUGAGAGGCUAUGGAGACUCCGACUCCCCAGUUAGCCCAACCUCCUACACUGUUAUGCACCUUGUUGGGGACAUCAUUGGCCUGCUUGACCAUUUUGGGGAACAACAGGCUUUUAUAGUGGGACAUGAUUGGGGAGCUGUUAUUGGCUGGCAUUUAGCACUGUUUAGACCUGAGAGAGUCAAAGGAUUGAUCAACUUAUCCGUUCCAUACUAUAGUAGAAACCCAAACGCCAAAUUUGCUGAAUCCUUAAUCAGAACAUAUGGGGAUGGAUUUUACAUUUCCCAAUUCCAGGAACCGGGAAGAGCAGAAAGGGCAUUCGCCAGGUAUGAUUAUUUGACGGUGAUAAAGAAGUUCUUGCUGAUUACACAGACUGAUAAUCUGAUAGCUCCUCCUGGAAUGGAGAUUAUUGAUUAUCUGAGAACACUAUCAAGGUUACCACCAUGGAUUACUGAAGAGGAACUCCAGGUUUAUGCUGACAAGUUUCAGGAAUCUGGCUUCACUGGAGCUCUUAAUUACUACCGUGCUAUGGACUUGAAUUGGGAGCUUACUGCACCCUGGCAAGGAUCAAAAAUCACUGUGCCAGUAAAAUUCAUGGUGGGUAAAAAUGAUCUGGGAUUUGAAGUGAGUGGUGUAAGGCAAUACGUUGAGGGAAACAUCUUUAGGAGCCUUGUUCCCAACCUGGAAAUUGUUUUCCUUGAUGGUCAUCAUUUUCUCCAACAAGAAAAACACCUAGAAGUCUCCGAGGAAAUUCUAUCGUUUCUUCGCAAAUUCCCUGCAGAAUAGUCAUGUCUCUGGUUCUUCAUCACGAUUUUGCUGAGAAAAUAACUAGCCUGGAUAAAUAAAUGAUCAAGUUACUGACCUCCUUGUUCAUGAAACUAUCUAGAUAUUUAGAAAAGCUUUAUUCAGACUUAAUAAAGGCCAAUGGUCUUAUGUCAUACACUAGGCAUAUGAUCAGCAAAAUACUUCACAUUA